AUGAGUGAUGUGUUAUGCGCAACUAUAGAUGAUGAACCACGUUUUUGUAAUAUUAUUAAAGAAGCAGUAGCUUCCAAUGAAAUUAUACUAUAUGAAAAAUUUACUGAAUCAACCAACAAGACCGCAACAAAAAGACGUAAGAAGGAGGCUAACAAAGAAGCUAAAGAAGCAAAGAAAUACGCAAAAGAAUUAGGUUUAAAUCAAAAUUUAUUAGGUACUAAAGAAGGUGAGGAUGAACUUCAACAACUUAUAAUUAAAAAAAGCUAA